AUGGUAAGUGACAAGCUUGGCCUCUUUACAAGCAGGCCAGUACAGUACACAGCAAAGCUAAAUAUCCCUCAGAUCUGUUUAGGCGUUAGUAAUCCAGAGUUGAAGCUCUCACUCAAAGCUGACCAAGUUGCAGGCCUCGCGAAUCUUCUUGUUACAACAUUGUCAAGCCUCUUCUUGGACAGUUGGAAGCAUAAUAUGUAUGCUAAACUUAUAUCCGACCUGCGUUUUCCGGAUACAGUAGAGCAAAGCUUAUGUGGCUUUAUGGUGAUGGUUGCAAGAGAUUUUCUUGACCCCCAGAAUGUAGGAGACAUAAUCGACCAAGCCCUGGUGCCUUCAGAGCCCUCGGCUACCCAACUCAUUGACUUCUCUACGGAGACUAUCAGCGUUGACAAGUUCAAGGAAAAACACCCCUUUGUGUUUUUGCCGCACCAUGUGGAGACGCCUGUCCAUGUGUUUACGUCUGAGCUCCGAAAGCCUGGUACGACUUACUACAGAAUAAUGCGGUCGUUGCAGUCCAUCUCCCUCACGAUAUUGCUCGACCAGAGCACGAGCCAUUGGGAUCCACUUGUUUCUCACCAGAUACAGCCUCUGACAGUGGGAGUAGGCGUCAAAGCGCAGGAUCUGCUUAUUUCGACACUGAAGGAUCGCGCUCACAAGCUGCCUAACCUGUUGGAGUGGGUAAACAGAGAUGUGGACUACAGAGCACUAGUUGCAACUGAUUGGGGGCCUUUGAUCAGCGCUCUGAGCAAUUGGGAGGCCAAAGAUUCAGUAACAAAUGUGUUCUGGUUGGCGGCGCAGUCCACAGGAAGCCCGCGCCUCAAGGCUUUGCUGGAACGUGUUAAUCUGCCCUACUCCUUCUUGACAUGGGAAUUGGUUAACCAAUGCAUAAUAAACGGAAAGGAAAGCGAAUGCAGCAAGCUGCCUCUGUAUUUCACCUCAUUACAGGGUAGGAAGUGGGUUCAGUGCACUGAGCGUAUACACUGGUGGAAGGUCUUUGAUAACUACACUACUGAGGCUGUGAGUGCAUGCACCCAGAAUGGUUCUCGCCAUUCCAUUCGUACGUUUGUGGUAACUGCAGGAAAAACGUUGGUUCUAUCAGUCAGCGACGCCGCCGUGCCCCUGGAGUUCGAGCUUCGCGAGCCGCCGGAUCCUCGAACUCAAAAGAUUCUAAACUCCUUCCCCAAGACUCCACGCCAGAUGCGGUCAGCAUUUGGUUAUACGGAGCUAUUAUCUCCGUUCUUGACUCUCAUCACUCUAGCCCGACAAGCAUGGGGUCGUCUCCUUAGGCGGCUCAAGAAAUCCCACGGCCCCAAAAUAUCUAUGAGGAUAAAGGUUUCUAACGAAGCACCUGAUUUCUUGAGGAUAGUAUUGGAGGCCAGAGGCAAAGUAGUGCAUCUGGUAGGGAGGCCUUUGCAUAUGCUACAACGCAUCGACCCUUUCCGAUGUGAGGCUGGAAAAGAACUGAAGUCGUACCUGAAUUACUUUCAAGAGGAUGCUAGUACAGUGCAUCGCGAAGGUACUCCUUGGGAAGGAUUGCCUGCAAAUAGAGUGGAAGUUUCAUAUGCGAGUGACAAACUUACUCCUCAAACCUUCAUGACGCUGUCCCACGUACUCCGGUUUCUAUUUCCAAAGAAUGUCGUGGAUACCAUUCUCGACAGCUUCAGUAGAGGGGAAGGCUUCCAGCUAAGAACGGCCGGGGGUAUGCGAGGAACCAUUCUGUUCCUCCGAGAAUGGUACCUCACCAAGAAGCUCCUACAGUCUGCUUACCCAGAAGCAAGAGACCUGGAGUUUCAGCAGGACAUUUCCGAGUGGCACAAUCCAAGUCGGAGGAACCUCGAGAAUAUGCUGAGGCGAAAGGAAUCUUGGACAGUCAUUCUCAAUUGCACCGAAUCCGCUGAGAACAUCAGAUGGGAAGUGUUGGAUCUCGACGUAGCAGACCAAGAGCGUAUGGUGGUGAAGCAGUACGCGCAAGACUUUGGGGAACUGGCGACGUUGGCAUCUGCGGUGGAAAAGGAGUUGAGUCUGGAAGCGGGCGUGGACCAUGUGUUGAGAAGAAUGCAGGAGACGUUCUUUGAUUACUCCUACAAACGAACGCUCUACAUUGAGAGCCCAGGCGCCUUCCUUCAACAACUAAUUGACUCAGACUCACAGCAGCUUGCGCGUGAAUUUGAGCAUUGGCUACUGCAGCGGCUCCAAGGCAACUCACGCAACAAACGAUGCAGGCCCGGCUCCUUCUAUGGAAAGGCAUACGCACAAUACGUAGCCUUAGUGGCAUACUACGAGAAGAAAGACCUGGCGGCUCCGGUUCCGGACCUCGAAGAAGUCAAGCGCUUCCUUCUCACAGCGAGUGUACCCAAGGGUCACUUAGUGCGCAUCCCUCCUGAAGAAGACAGACAGCACAGUGGUAUAUACAGAAUGGUUGAGCGUGUAGAUCUCUGCACUUUUGUGCUUGAAGAUGCCAACCGUUUCCAAAUCGCCACUGAUGCUAGUCUCCAUAUCGUUCGAAAAUUCGAGGACGGAGACCAGAUUUCCCACCAGUUCUUACUGCGCCGGCAAUACAAGCUGACAGCAAAAGACGUGACUACGGGGGUUUGCAAAAUUAGAGAUAGGCAUUCUUAUCAGUUUGAACUGCACCCGGGAGAAACAUCACCAAUUACUACUGGCAAAUUCGCUGACCAAGGCAGCAAGCUCACAGAGGGUUCCUGGGUUUUAUCUGACGCAAAAGCGGCUUACAAUACUCUUCUUGAGUUGAAGACCAAUUAUCUGACGGAUAUUGAACUCGAGCGGAGCAUUGUACAAGACUGUUACACAGGCCUUGCCUGCAUCAUCAGAGACGAACGUGACUUGCCAGUUAAGGUGCACUAUGCCAUACCAGAGCUGGCGACAUACGCCUGGACAGGUCCUUGGUUAUGGCUAUUCCUCAACGGCCUCCACGCGGAAUACCUCAGUAUUAUCUCGAACGAGCACUUCGGUGCAUCAAACGGCAACGAACUUGCUCCAACCAGCCCGGAACAAUCAUCGUUUUUUCGGCAGACAAAAUUGAUAGUCUCAAGAACGGCCUAUGCGGCGUACUUGCUUCGCAAGGAAAGGGAGGAGUCCGCAAUUUCCGGAGUUAAGCAGCACUUCAGAGCCUCAACUUGCGGGAGCCGUUGCGCGGCUUGGUGGCUGAAGGCCAAUGAACUCAAGUCCAUGGUGAGACGACUUUCUGAAGCAGGACAAGCCCCCAUGACCCCCCAGCAUGAGCAGUUUAUUCUUACCAGAGCGAUUUCCACCACUCCUCUUGGCGAAUACUGGACAAGCCGCAUUUGUACAUAUCAAAAAAGCUUUCGAAAACUCUUUGCCCGCCUACGUCUCCCGGACGAGCAAGAAGCUACGGUGCCCUGCUCAAAGGUGUCCGCCAUCAUAAUCUUAGCCACAAUAAUGAGUGAUAUUACUCUCCUGAUUAGACGACGAGCAGUCACUACUGGGAAGGUGCGCAUGAAAAACAUGGAGAAGCUACUCAGUUUUCUAAACGAGAACAACGUCCCUGUGCCGUGCACGUAUGAGCUUCCUGAUGCGGCCGACCUCAUACAGCCCAGCAUCCCACCAGAUUCCGAGGAGUGCAUGCAAAGGGAUGCCUCGACAAAUGCGUUCAUGCACCUGAAGUCUCUCAUUGACGCUGCACACGUGCAGAUAGAUGAUGUUAUCCAGGAGAUCCGAAGUAGAUUUACUGAAACGCUCUAUUCACGGCUUUCUCCGCACUUCGUUUCAAGCAGCCCACAAGAGUAUCGCCGCCAGGCAGCUGCGUUCAGAGAAGUUGAUGAAGAUCUCGACGACUUACUUGCUGCGCUACACCGCCCAUUUUCUGUUUGGCAAGGGACUUUCAAGCACAGGCAGCAAGAAGAACUCCUUGAUAUGAGGAUGCAGCAGCAGUGUCCAUUCAGACCCCCCCAACCCACGCGUCAUGCAAAAGAAGUGGUUCCUGGGGCGCAUAACCAGCUGAUUCAGGGAUACCUUCCUUUUGUUUUGCUGCAAAGCGACCCUGCAGCGCCUUAUGAACUGCAGUGCGAUGCACUUAAGCAUCUUCGCUGGGGGCUGACGAAGCUGGGACUGGCAAGCGGCGAAAAAACAGUUUCCCAGGCAGUCCAAUUAUUUUUGGAAGAAGAAAACUUUGCGGAAGUAGCAUCUUUCCUCCCUCCACCGGUGGAGGGAUUUGACGCCGAUGCGGAGUGCCUCCCGGGGUCUCCAACGAGUGUAGCAUUGCUUCGAGACGUGUGGAGAAAAGCGCAGCCUGACCUUGAUCCAAGAAAACCUUCGAGAUGGCGUACUAUAGUGACACGACACGUGGAUGGCGCCCUCAGUCAAAUGGACAGCACUGCAGAAUGCGAAAGUCAAAGAAAUUACUUUAUCCGGGAGAUUAUGAAGGCAUUAUCCCACAACACCCCAAUACAAGUUGGCGACAAGGCUUGGAGUGGCAGCACUCUCGUAGUGCUUGAACGUACUGAAUUGAACGUCAAAUUUGUGAGGCCUGCUCAGUUCGUUGAAGUGCCACAGCCUCCUGAAGCUACGACGGAGCCACUAUUUGCUGCCAAUAAAGUCACCAUAGGAGACUUAGUCGUGGCCUCUGAAGGCUCCUUGACAUACGAGUUGCUAGAUAUCGCCCAGAUUGGAUCGGUGGAUUGCGUGUCAAGGCUACGCCGAAAGGAUUCUGGUGAAGCUGUCCUCUCCCGUAAACCCAUCUUCAGGCUGAGCGGCUUCCAGCAAGGUGAACUUGUUCGAAAGUCAUCCAGUAUUGAGGUGUACGAAUAUAUGGGAACCUGCGGCACUACAUAUGCGCUCAAAGGCUUCGUCACAGGCCGCAUGGAAUGGACAGUUGAAGACCUGAUACCACUUUGGGAGCAGCUAGGAAGAGCCUAUCCUCAGAAGGAGUUGUACAUAAGCUUAUUCCUUGUUUUAACAGAGUUCUACAAGACAGAGGGCUCCCAAAUAAGUCGAAUUCAGUUUAGGAAGGUGUUAACCCUACUCGAAAGUCAUAACAGAAUUUCGUCGUCCGAAAAAGAGUCUUUUCAAACAGCGUUUGACCGUCGAAUAAACAAAGAGUCGUUCUACGAUCUAGUGCAUAGAGUACAACAACUUGCAGCCGACUUAAAAUCAGAUCUCGAGGCCAAAAUUUACUCAAAUGCUCCAACGGAUACCCAUAAGGAGAUGCUGUUCGCCUGGGGAAAUGCAACCAUUGCAGCGCUGGAAGCAAUGUGGCGGGGCCGAAGCCUCUGGAGAAUCCUUCACAAGAUCCACCAGCAGGGGCUGACAGGCUUCUUUACAGAGAUCAACACAUUAGCCCAACGCCCAGAUCUUUCUGCGGCAAUCAGUUCCAUCAAGAUUGACGCCUUGAGAGAGCUAGGGCAAAGGGCCAUUAAUGACUACGUUCCUGCAUCUGGGUCUACGCUAAUGCUGCCCUCCAUCAUUGACGCAGUGGAUCAGAGAAGCUUUCAAAGCUCAGUCUCCAAGGAAGCACAGCCCACUUUAAAUGCGUUUCUUAACUUUGUCGGAGAAGGCGUUAUUCCCAAGAGAGAUCUCACCACUCUAAUGUCUUCGAGCUCAAAGGUGGACGGGUACCGGAAAACCCUCCAGUCGAGGGAUUCGAUUCUUCCUCAAAGCGGUCUGAAUGCUACUUGGACAGAUAAGCUAAUGCUAAAGAUUACCGAAGUAAUUGGAUCCUUGAUGAAACAAGAAUUGGGGAACAAGCUCUCUGCUGGCAGAAUCAAAAGCACGCUGCAACCAGUAAUCCUUCAAGAGCUUGUGGAUGUUAGUGAUCUGUCGUUCAGUAGUGACAACGAAAAGGAGAGAGUUUUUGGGAAGCUUUCGGAGUUUCUGGCUGAGCAAGUAUCCCAUUUGUACCAAGUCCAAAAUCCAGGAAGGGUUCCGAGAGGACACGUGCUUCUGGAAGUGUUUUCACUACUUGAAGUGGACGGCAGUGAAGUUAGAGAACUUGAAGAGCGCCUCCGUCACCAAUAUUCUCAGCUUUCCCAGAAAUACGUUGAUCAGCUCAUCUCCGCUGAAGUGAUUGACAUCAAAGGCGUUCUCGAUAUCAUUGCCCGACUGGAAAACACGUUGGGGUCGUUACUGACCCCAAUGAUAGAUCAGGCUCUAGGUCUUGUCAAGAAGGCUACGCAGGUUAUCUCGAAGCAACGGAAGAAGAAAGAGCGAUUCCUUUUUAAUUUCGACGCGCUUUCUGCCUCUCUGGAGAAAAUUGAUACAUCGGUGACUCCAAAAGGCAAGCAAAGAAAUACGGAAGAAAGCGAACUGUUCAAGACCACAGCUUCCCCCAAAGCUCCUGGUGCUGCGAAACCCAUGGGGUCUCUCAAGCGCAUUUACUCUCGAUUCCUCGCCAUCGGGGCUGGUGCUGUCAGUACUGCCGGCUUCCACUUUCUGAGCAAAAUUACAGGCACCAUAAUUCCUGACCACCUUACAAACCUCCCCCUUCUCUUCUGGCCGCAAAUAACCGCUGGAGCAUUGAAUUCAAGCCUGCGGGCUACUUUUGGUCGCUACAUCGGCCCUGAGGCAGCACAAGACAUCAAGCUUGUGCAGAACGCAGUCUGGAUAUCAGGAGUAGAGCCGUGGGUUGACAGCUUGAAGAUGCAGACAACUGCUCUCGAGCAGCUGCUUGAUGAAAUGGAGGCCGGGCAGCAGCUCGGUCGGGACUGGUGGCAGAAGCUUCCUCUUCUUGUAUUCAUAAAACGCUCUCUAGACACUGCUCGCUCUUCUGUGUUUUAUCCUAGCAACUUGUACAGAGUAUGGUCUCAAAUUAAGUUUGCCACAAGCGCCCCUUCUGGCCUAUAUAAGGUGCUGAUGGCGCCUGUGAAGGGUCUUGGUUCCUACUUGUACCUCCUCUUAAUCGAGCUCUUGAACGGCAUCCUCCCCGCCGAGAACGGUGACUUCCUUGUGCCGCGAGAGCUCCUCGGGCAAGAGCAAGAACGGCCCAUUAUGGACAUAGCAGUUGCAAAUCCUCGCGAUCUUAUAAAGUAUUUGCACCGCUUGUUUGACGUUCUUCUGAAGGUCUACGUCCCUAUGGUCCGUGAGCUUUUCAACACCGGUAUCCAGCUGGUCCUGCAAAAACUGGGUCACCAUAUCUCAAAAGAUAACGGGGCGCUGGAGGUGUGGAGGCUAAUAAACCACAUUGCUGACCACGACGUGGAUGGAGAAAUAGAGGAAAUACUUCGGGAAUUGCUUUUCAGAGUCGCAGACGAUGUACUCCGCGUGUGGCCUGCUAUGCCUCUCGGCUCUCCCCAGCCUUGGCAACAAAUGUAA